CCUCUGUCGUUAUUAAUAUUCGCUCAGGAUGGCAGUGGACUUCAGAUGCGCAGUUCACGGCUCAGUCUUUUGGGGCUGUGUGAUUAUCCUCAGUAACGUGCUAUGUCCCAUUGAUGCGUACCUCUAUAACAACCGCUAUGCAGGUGAUCAAGUCUUCAGGAUAACUCCCAGCAACGAGGGGGAGGUUCAGGAGCUCAAGAAACUCCUGGGAAACAUCAAGGUGGACCUGUGGCAGCCCAACAGUGCCUCUCUGAUCCGAUACAACGCCACCGUGGACGUGCAUGUGAGACGGAACAACACGCGAGGGCUUCGUGCAUGCCUCCAGAAGGAACACAUAGAUUUUAAGGUGUUCAUAUCUAACCUUCAGAAGGAAAUUGAAAAGCAGACUGGAUAUCGCUCUUCCCGCAAGAAGAGGUCUGAAUCCCAAUAUGACUAUGAGGUGUACCACUCUCUGGAUGAGAUCCAGAGUUGGAUGUUUGAGAUCAACAGGACCCAUCCUCACCUGGUGGACAUGUUCUCUAUAGGGAGGUCAUAUGAAGGCAGGCCCCUUUAUGUGCUUCAGCUAGGAAAGAGAACACGGUCCUAUAAGAAGGCAGUGUGGAUAGACUGUGGAGUCCAUGCAAGGGAGUGGAUUGGACCAGCCUUCUGCCAGUGGUUUGUCAAAGAGGCUCUGCAUUCCUACCAGUAUGACUCUGUGAUGAGACGACUGAUGAACCAACUCAACUUCUACAUCAUGCCUGUCUUCAACGUGGAUGGAUACAUCUUCAGCUGGACUACGGAUCGUUUCUGGAGGAAAACCCGGUCCAAAAAUGGCAAGUAUCACUGCAGAGGUGUUGACGCCAACAGGAACUGGAAAGUCAAGUGGUGUGAGGAGGGUGCAUCCUCUCACCCCUGUGAUGACACGUACUGCGGACCCUUCCCUGAGUCCGAGCCGGAGGUCAAGGCAGUGGCCAAGUUCCUGCGGAAGCACAAGAAGCGUGUCAAGGCCUACGUCUCCAUCCACGCCUACGCCCAAAUGUUGCUCUACCCCUACUCCUAUAAAUACGCCACCAUCCCUAACUUCGACUGUGUGGAGUCAGCUGCACACAAUGCAGUGACUGCCCUGUACUCUGCCUAUGGAGUGAGGUACAGAUAUGGACCUGCCUCCACCACGCUGUAUGUCAGCUCAGGCAGCUCCAUGGACUGGGCCUAUAGGAACGGGAUCCCUUAUGCCUUUGCCUUUGAACUGCGGGACACAGGCUACUUUGGCUUCCUGUUACCUGAAGCUCUGAUUAACCCCACCUGUACUGAGACCAUGAGAGCAGUGAAGACCAUCUCAUCAGGCCUACUAAAGAAGUGUGAGACAGGGAUGUAUCAGCUGGACAGGGAGAGAUAUCCAUAUCUCUGAGAUAUAUAGACAUUUACAGUAUCUCCGCAUCUGCUAGAGAAUAACUACGGGUGGUGGGUUAUUGUGCCAAAAAGGAAAAUGCAACAUGUAUCAUGCAAGCCUUGAUGUUUACCCAAGAGUGGUCACCACUCCAUUUUAUGUCUGUAUGUUAGAGGCUAGAGUGGUACUUGAAAAUGCCCUCAAACUGGUUUCAAAUGUAAAAUUAUUUAGAUGUCAUAUUACAUAAACUCUUCACCUUGUACUAUCAACUACUGUACUACUGUUUACAGUGUACGGUGAACUCAAGCACUUCAAUGCCAUUUUCAAGAGACUGAUAUUGCAUUUCACAGAGUCUUUUUCUUGAACUUGCAGUUUUGACCCAUUAAAGCUUCACUAUCUGGAGCACCAUCAGCUAACUCAGUGGUGUAGUCGUGCCUGGAGAAGUGGGUAUAUUCUAUCUUUUGCCAAAUAUGUCCCAAACGGCCCGCUGGGUGAAUUCUAUGAGAAACAGUGACAUACACUCUGAAUGACCUAAAAUGAUAAAUCCCAUAUUGGUCUUUCAUAGUCAGGCCAACCCACGCUGUACUGUGCAAGUAGGGUAAUAGUAUGCCUACUAUUGAAAUGGAUACAUGAGGCUGGCCAACGUCAGGUUUUUUAUAGAAAAACAACAAAAUGGAAUGUUAUAACCUCAUAACCAUGUUUAAACCACUUUUGAGGUCAGGGAACACUAUAAGACAUUUAGAUUUUUUUGUGUAGUUACCCUAUAAUUUGCUGGCACCUAGCACUGUUGUUUGAUAAGCAGUGUUUCUGUAGGACAUGAGAUUGAGUUUGCAAAACAAAUGGCCACUAGAUUGAUGCAAAUAAUGAUGAUAUAAUUCUGCCAGGUAGGCAUAGGCUACUUUGUAGCUAGUUAGCGCUUAAUUUAGAAGGUUUUUGGGAAAGCCUUUCAAUCUACCAGAAGACGAUUAGGCCUAUCAUUAGCAUUGCUAUAUUUUUCCUGCUCCUGCAUUGUCUGAAACCAGGAUGUUUUAUCUCAUAUUAUGAGGCAUGUUUCAAAGUAGCUUAAAGACAAAAUCCCAACAUAGACCCAUGACAAUUGUUGCAUCUUUAGAUCUCCCCUCUUUCAAAAUAUCUAAAGGAUAUUUACAUCUCUGUCCUUGAAACCGCUUGCAUGUGCAGUGCACAUUUUAGAACAGUGUUUUCCCACAUAGGCCUACCGCCAUGUGCACAUUGCUGAGCCUAAAAUGUGAAAUAUUCGUUUUUUAACAUUUUAAGCUGAACAUUCUGAUCUGUUCCAUCAGCCUUAUUAAUUGAUAUGGCGUAUACCUCCACUACACUGCUUUGAUACGCAUCAUGGCGAUUAAGAAGUGAGUAUACGCAAAGAUCACUGAAAAGAUGUGGGCAUAAGCCGUAUGUAUACCUGCGUAUUCCACCCACUAAACCACUGAGCUAACUGCUCUAGAUGUCUUCUAAAUACAUUUUACAUUCAUUGUGGUAGAACAAGGUCAUAAAAAUGUGUUUAUAUGGUACAAACAACAAGGAUGCCUAAAGUAUCAAUAAAGGGAUAGUUCACACAAAUUACACAAUUACAUAUUGGUUUCCUUGCCCUGUAAGCAGACUAUGGACUAUGUAUGAUAGCAAUCCAUGCUUUAGUUUGUUUAGCUGGCCACUGUUCCAAUGCAAAUUCAAUGCAAGUCAACAGUACCUGUAUUAUAAUUUUUGCACUUUAUGUAUCUAAAAAUGUAUUGUGUAACUCAAUUAAGUUACUUAUAGAUAAUUUGGACAUUAACGUAAAAUGCUUAUAUAGGUACCAUUGGCUUGCAUUGGAUUUCUUCUACAAAUGCAGAAAAUGUAUCAUUUGAAACAGUAUCCAGGUAAACAAAACCAAAGCAUGGAUUGCUGUCAUAUCUUGUCCAUAGACUUCUUACAGGGUAAGUAAACCAAUAUGUAAUUUUGUCUUUUGGUUGAACUAUCCCUUUAACAAAGUGCCUUGAAAUGGACUUUAAACCCUUUUUAUAAUUUUGUAAAGGAUAAGUUAAUCUUUUUUUUAUCAAGGGGAAAUGUUUACUUUUGAUAGGAAGUGUAAAGAACAUUUACUGAAAUGUAAUACAUGUUAUUUCUUUUUUAUGAGGUUGUCACGUGGAUGUUUUCUUUGACAUUACUAUCAUUACAAACAUUACAAUAGCAUCAUUUUACAGUAACAGCCCACUGGACACAGACGUCAGUUCAACGUCUAGUUUUGAUUUACAUUUGGUUAAGUUGUCAACUAACGUGAAUGCAACAUGAAAUCAACAAAAAAUGUCACCAUGUCAAUCAUUGGAUUUAUGUUAAAAGUUGGGUGAAAAAAGACAAAAUGCCCUUAUAUUGAUGAAUUUUUGCAAAUCCAAUAAGUUUUCCACGUGGAUUCAAUGCAUCACAUCGAUUUUUGGGGUUGAAAUUAUGUGGAAACAAUGUUAACGCUAGCGGGACAACUUCUGGUGAAACUGGAGGGCGCGCAAUUCAAAUAAAUAAUCGUAACAAUUAUGGAUAUUAAACAUUUAGGUACAUAUAAGUGUCUUAUAUUGGCUGAAACCUUAAAUUCUUGUUAAUGUAACUGCAUUGUCCGAUUUACUUUUUUUACAGAUUUACAGCGAAAACCUGCCAUGCGAUUGUUUGAGGACGGCGCCCCACAUCAAAAUAUUUUUCCACCGGCACAGGUUUUAUCCAUUCACAAAUAACGAUUAAAUAUUCACUUACGUUUUGAAAAUCUUCCUCUGAUUUGUCAUCCAAAGGGUCCCAGCCAUAACAUGUAGUGUUGUUUUGUUAGAUAAAAUCCUUCUUUAUAUCCCAAAAAGUCUGUUUAGUUGGCGCCGUCGAUUUGAGUAAUCCACUCGUUCAACAUGCAGAGAAAGGAAUCCGAAAAUCUACCCCUAAACUUUGUUUCAACAAGUCAAAAUACAUUUCUAUUCACUCUUUAGAUACCCUAAAAUGUAAUCAAACUAUAAUAUUUCUUACGGAAAGAAGUAUGUUCAAUAGGAAGCCGAUUUUAGCAGAUGCGUCCUGUCUUCAUGGCGCGUAAACACGAAUUUCCAAGACUGUGUCACUGUACCUAAACUGAUAUUUCUUAUUCGUUUUUGAAGUUACAAGCCUGAAACCUUGAACAUAGACUGCUGACACCCUGUGGAAGCCAUAGGAAUUGCAUCCAGGGAGUUGCAUCCAUAGGAAUUGCAUCCAUCCUUUUAAUAAGAAAAUUAUAAUAAUUCUGGUUCGUUUUUCUUUGGAUUUUUUUCCUAACAUAUCUAUUGUGUUAUAUUCUCCUACAUUAUUUGAACAUUUAUACAAACUUCAAAGUGUCUUCUUUCCAAUGGUAACAAUUAUAUGCAUAUCCUGGCUUCAGGGCCUGAGCAACAGGCAGUUUACUUUGGGCACGUCAUUCAGGCGGAAAUUGAGAAAAAAGUUUUUAAUUCAAACAGUUUUUGCCCAGUGAGAGGAGUGUAAUAUCAUGUGUGGUAGGUAGUGUAACAAACGCAGUGAAGCAGUCUGCUAUUUCCUAUCUCUGUUAUUAAUAAUUUAUUCUAACAAGACCCAGCGUGCCGUGUUUCUGGGCCCUGCGACAACACACUCACACUGUAUAUUACCCUGUUUAGUCCAAUCAUCGCGUAUUUAUGCAAACAGUUAUCAUGAUUGCUGCCACUCUCCCAAUUGACAAAGAUCAAUGUGGAUCAAUUACUGUUACAAUUUGAUGUGGAUGACAAUGAUGACUUGGUACCAGAUGGGUCAGAGUUAGGUUUUUUCUAAUUUCUUCUCCCCCUGCCACCCUAAAACUCCCUUGAUCACAACACUAAAUAACUAAUGAAGAAAGAUCCUUGUACUGUCUGUCUCUUACUGUAGCUAGACAUCCAUCAAUCCUGUGUGGGUGUAAGAGACUGCUUGUGUUUAUUUUACCUUUAUUUAACUAGGUAAGUCAGUUAAGAACAAAUUCUUAUUUUCAAUGGUGGCCUAAGAACAGUGGGUUAACUGCCUCGUUCAGGGGCAGAACGACAGAUGUUUACCUUGUCAGCUCGGGGAUUCAAUCUUGUAACCUUCCGGAUACUAGUCCAACGCUCUAACCACUAGGCUACCUGCCGUGUGAGACAGUGUGUGAGAGACUGGUAAGAAUGUAUCAGGAUUCUCCCUCCCACUUGGGUGUAAAGUACUAAUAAUGGCUCUGGAUAAGCACUUUAGUGGCUUUUAGCCUCAAGUGUUGAUCAAGUACUCUCUUUCAUAGAUCCUCUUCCUUUGCUGACGCUGCAGUUUGGGUUACCUUUCGUUUUUUCUACAAGUAAACAACAUCAUGGCUCACUUUCAAGAGUGCAGUAUCACCCUACCUUUGGUGAAAAACAGAUUGAUUGCAGGUACCAGACAAAGGAACAAAUAGGUGUAGUAUUUUGUUCAAUAUCACAUCCAUUAUGCUAGUUAUACACAGUAUAAUGAGUUAUUUAACAUCACAUUCUUUACGCUAGUUAUACUCAGUAUAAGGAGUUAUUUAACAUCACAUUCUUUAUGCUAGUUAUACUCAGUAUAAUGAAUUACUUAACAUCAUAUCCAUUAUGUUAGUUCUACUCAGUAUAAUGAGUUGUUUAAUAUCAAAUCCAUUAUGCUAGUUAUACUCAGUAUGAGUUAUUUAACAUCACAUCCAUUAUGCUAGUUAUACUCAGCAUAAUGAGUUGCUUAAUAUCACAUCAAUUACACUAGUUAUACUCAGUAUAAUGAGUUGCUUAAUAUCACAUCAAUUACACUAGUUAUACUCAGUGUAAUUAAUUAGAAACACAGGAGAAUUUGUUAGAUUCAACAUUUUGUUGAUCCUGACUCUGAUAAUUUAAAGGCGUCUGAUGUGGUUCUUUGACCAAGAAGAAGAGUGAUGGAGUGCUGCAUCAGAUGACCUGGCCUCCACAAUCACCUGACCUCAACCCAAUUGAGAUGGUUUGGGAUGAGUUGGACCCCAGAGUGACCCCAACAAGUGCUCAUUAUAUGUGGGAGCUCCUUCAAGACUGUUGGAAAAGCAUUACAGGUGAAGCUAGUUGAGAGAAUGCCAAGAGUGUGCAAAGCUGUCAUCAAAGCAAAGGGUGGCUACUUUGA